AUGACCCGAAGUGAGGGAGUCGCAGACAGAGACAUUGUUUCUGAAACGCUCAAGCUAGCUACUGAAGGAAAUUUAGUGUUUGUCGUAGCUGAAAUCACAGGCAUUCUUGUUCCUUUUCUUUUUUAUUUUUCCUUAGACAGGACUGACCUUUAUAUGCGUUCCGAUAGAAAGAAGUCUCAAGAAAAGUUGAAAAAGCUGCACAACAUCCGGGAACUCACAGAAAAGACAAACUCCUACGUCUGCAAAAUAUGUCAGUUAUCUAUACGUGGGAUGGCUGUGACUGUAUUUGUGCGUGUGGAAUGUGAAAUAAUCACGCUUAUUCAUAAAUCAAAGGAGAUCCAUACUUCCUGCGCUACUUUAGCUGAUGCAACUGCUUCUCCUGUCCAAGUUACAUCCGUGGGGUCGCAGAUAUUAGUCAAUAUGUAUGGAGGGAAACCAGGUGAUACACCGGACUUUCUAAGGUACAUCAAGUAUACGGAGUAG